AUGGUAAAUUUUCCAAGCUCUUUGUCUGUAGGUACAGAUGAUGAUGCUUUUAUUGCAGCCAAGUGCCAUGUCCGCUUCAACUUUUGCAUGGUCUCGGGCUGGCUGCGUUGCAAGCCUAAGCCAGUUAAGAAAGUACUGGAUUACGAGGAUCUACAAGAGGUCAAGGAGGCAUUCCGUCUCUUUAAUACAGAUUCUAGGGGUACCAUCGACAUGCGAGAACUCAAAGCUGCUCUGUGGGCGCUUGGAAUUCAAGUAAAGAAAGCGAGAAUCAAUCAGAUGGUUAUUGAUAUUGGUAAGGACGAGUCAGAGACGAUUUAUUAUAAUGAAUUUAUUGAACUGAUGACGGGCGAAACUUUGACGGAUGAAGAAAUGCAUGAGAUGACUGAUGAAGCAGAUCGCGAUGAAGACGGACUGAAUAACGAGGAAGAGUUUUUUUCGCGCUAUGAAAAAUGUAGUGAGCAUCUACUGGACGACCCCAGCGACGACGAUUGA